GAUUUUUACUUUGUCGAGUAGCCCAAAGAGUCGCCGUGUUUAUUGGAAAUCGUUCUGGAGGAGAAAGUCACCACCGUAGCAGUGUCGGCAUUCAUUUAAACGUCUUUUAGUGAACCUUGUAAAAACCGUAGCUUUUCAUUUGUACGACCAUCCUGUCGCUAAAUACUGUAGAUGUGCGGUCAUUUUAGGCUACUAUACCUGUUAGUUUCAGGUAGCUCAGCUAGCUAAUUUAGUUAAAUGUUAUUAUUAUUAUUUUGUUAAUUCUCUCAGACGAAAAUGGCUCACUUCGAGAAGUCAAAUGGAAGAGGAACGACACAAAGACCAAAGUUGGACUGGAGGUUCGUGAAAAGGUUCUGCAGCAUCCAGAAGGUUCUGUUCCCGUCCUGGAGCAGCAAAAGUGUCCUCAUGUUUGCCACGCUACUGGCAGUCACUUUAGCAGAGCAGCUGAUCAUUUACCAAGUAGGCGUCCUUCCCAGUCGCUUCUACAACGUGCUGGCCGACAAGGACGACAAGGGCUUGAAGAGCCUGCUGCUCACUGCCAUGGUGCUCGUCGUGCUCAACUCCACGUUGAAAAGCCUGGACCAGUACAUUGCCAACCUGAUGUAUGUGGACUGGAGGAAGACGCUAACGGAGAGCCUGCACACGGCCUACUUCCAGGGCCGAGUCUACUACACCCUCAACGUGCUCCGAGAGGACAUAGACAACCCCGAUCAGCGGAUCAGUCAGGACGCAGAGAGGCUGUGCAAGCAGAUGAGCUCGAUGGCGAGUCGGCUGGUCGUGUCGCCCUUCACGCUGGCUUAUUACACCUACCACUGCUUCUACAGCACAGGCUGGAUGGGCCCGCUGAGCAUCUUCGCUUACUUUGUGGUGGGCACGGUGGCCAAUAAAAUCCUCAUAGGGCCCAUCGUGUCCACGCUCUUCGAGCAAGAGAAACUGGAGGGCGACUUCAGAUUCAAGCACAUGCAGAUCCGAGUCAACGCCGAGUCUGCGGCUUUUUACAGGGCUGGUAAAGUGGAGCACAUGAGGACCGACAGACGUCUGCAGACUUUGCUGCAAACUCAGCGAAAUCUGAUCAACAAAGAGCUGUGGCUCUAUAUUGGGGUGAACACCUUCGACUACCUGGGCGGCUUCCUCAGCUACAUCAUCAUCGCUAUUCCCAUUUUCGGCGGGCUCUACGACGACCUGACGCCCGGCGAGCUCAGCGCGCUCAUCAGCAGGAACGCCUUCGUGUGCAUCUACCUGAUCAACGGCUUCACACAGCUAAUAGACCUUUCCGCCGCGCUGUCGGACGUGGCCGGCUACACGCACAGGGUCGGCGAGCUGAGUGAGGUGAUGGACGACGUCCUACGCCGGCAGUGCGACUACGACCCGGCUUCGGGGGAAAGCUACGACUUUGACAGCGACUUCAACGUGCACGGCGGCCCCGUGGACACGGCCUUCGUCGUGGACCGGCUGUCCUACAAGGCUCCCUACUCGGACCGGCAGCUGGUGGAGGACUUGAGCCUGACCGUCAGUGAGGGGACGCACCUGCUGGUGGUGGGCAACACGGGCACGGGCAAGACGUCGCUCUUGAGGGUCCUCAACAGACUGUGGGAGGCCGAGAGCGGUUUCGUCCAAAUGACCACGUGCUUCGGGCCCAGAGGAACCCUCUUCCUGCCCCAAAAACCAUACCUGACGGACGGCACGCUGCGGGAACAGGUCAUCUACCCGCUCAAGGACAUUUACCCUGCAUCAGGGUCUGUCGAUGACGACAGAAUAAAGAAGUUUCUGGAGCUGGCGGGCGUGUCAAGUCUGGUGAAGCGGACUGGCGGGCUGGAUGAAUUAGUGGACUGGAACUGGUACGACGUUCUGUCCCCGGGCGAGAUGCAGCGUCUUUGUUUCGCUCGACUCUUCUACCUGCAGCCCAAAUACGCGGUGUUGGACGAGGCCACCAGCGCCUUGACGGAGGAGGCGGAGUCUCAGCUGUAUCGCACGUGCAAGCAGCUGGGGAUGACUGUGGUCAGCGUGGGACACCGCAAGAGCUUGGAGAAGCACCACGACGUCCAGCUGAAACUGUGCGGCGGCGGCCGCUGGGAGCUGAGCCGAAUAAAAGGCCGCGGCGGGAGUGUCAGAGACGACGCCGUCGCGUGACCGAGACACGCCUCGGCGGCCCGCUUCCUGUCUUGCGCUUCCUAUCUCCGACGUUCCACGGACAUUUGAACAAAGUGACUCCAUUUAAGGUUCGUUCGUCUGUUGCUUAGUUAGAGGAUUACACCAAAAAAAAUUGCGUUAAGAGUUGGUUGGUGCAGCGGUGUUUUCUUUGUUUUUGGUUUUUUUUUGUCAUUCAGUUCGGCCCAUUCUUAUUCGACUAUUAAAUGAGCUCCAUUCAAACAAAUCAUCAAUAAAAGCGCCUCCGGUGAGUCGAAAGUGGAUUGUUCAACGUUGCAAUGUUUGUUUGUUGGACUCCACCGAUUCCAUCAAAGCAAGUCAAACAAUUGAAUAAAAAUAGAAGUCCUUCAAAAUCUUCACUUUUGCUCUCGAUGGCUGCUCUCGCCGCAGAGGUCGCGGUGACCUCGGAUGAUCUCCUCCACGGCGGCGGGGUCGUCCAGCGUGCUGAGGUCGCCCAGGCCGCUCAGGUCGCGCUCCACCACCUUGCGCAGAACCCGACGCAUGAUCUUGCCCGAGCGCGUCUUUGGCAGCCGCUGCACAAACUGGCAGAAGAAGCCGAAAAGCACAAAUUACAACUCUUGAAUAUCAUUUAGUGGUACACGUAGCAGUUCUGUUUAAUUGCCGUUAUGAUUAUGAGGGGUCCUUGGAAAAAUCACAAAGGUUUGAGAAGAUAUAAAUAAGGAUUAAAAUGCAGUCGGAAAAAAAAAAAUUAAAAAAAAAUCAACAUUUCUAUAAAAUAAUGAACAUUUUAUCAGUCUUGCAGCAUUUGUCAUUUUUGGCGGGGCUCUGAUUGGCUGCUGGUAACAUCAGGCAUUCACUAAUAUUUUAUUUUAUUAUUAUUAUUAUUUUUUUUUAUAAUAAUAAAUCUGCCAAUACCGAAUCCCGAUCCGAUACCUCGGCAACGCAUUAAGAAGAAAGAAAGCCCACGUUGAAAUUGUCCGAUAUGAAUUUAUCAAUUGUGGUUCGAGACAACUUCAAUGAUGCAGCCACCCAAGUGAAGUGAAAAAAACAAAUCGAGCAAUUAAAGAACUGAAAAACCCUCGCACGUGGGCAAGCGGAGCCACCGUCGCUGAUGCGCUUCUAGCCGUUUAUAAAGCGCGACACAAAAAUACAAACGAAAUAGACGCUCACACUGAACUAAUCAGCCAGCCGGACUUUGCUGGGCCACGCCCCUUAAACGCACACAUCCAACACACGGCUGCAACGGUUCGUGCAGUAUUUAUUCAGAACAAAAACUGUCAGGGCACCGCUGUACACGUCUGAAGGUUUGCAACUGACCUGGAUGCGGUCGGGGCAGGCGUACUUGGCGAUCUUGUUGGACACGGCGUCGUCGAUCUGCGAGCUGAGGUCCGCUUCGUGGGCGUCCUGCUUGAGCACCACAAAUGCGUACACGCCUGCAAAGUGGACUCGGGCUCACUCGCAGAGCCCCAGAACAGUACCGACACUUCGAAAGCCAAGUGUGCGCUGGCUCACCUUGGCCCUUGAUGUGAUGUGAGCAGCCAACGACAGCCGACUCCGCCACCGCAGAGCAUUGGUUCUGUGACGCAGAGCGUUAGCAUAAGCAUUCGGAACCCAACUCAGAACACUAGAAGAAACCCUAAACAGAACCAAAACCCAACCUAACCUUAAUCCCCAACUCAAACCCAAACCACAACCUAACCUUAAUCCCUAACCCGCAUUGAAACUUUAGCACAAACCUAAACUCUGGCUCAAAACCUAACCAGACCCGAAAAAAUCCUCUUAAUCCCUAACUCUAAAAUAACCCCAAAUUUUUACCGAAGCCUUUUUGGAGCGUCACGGCUCAGGUGGUAGCAUGGUCCAUGCUAUCAAACUCUUUUGGACCUGCGGGGUUUCCCGUGGACAGCGCUGAUCUUCCCCGUCGACGUCUCUUACCACCACAUCUUCGAUCUCGGCCGUGCCAAUCCUGUGUCCGCUGACGUUGAUGACAUCGUCGAGGCGCCCCGUGAUCUGGUAGUAGCCCUCCUUGGAGCGAUGGGCGCCGUCCCCGGUGAAGAAGUAACCUGCGGGCACACGACGCCCACGUCGGACCGUGGGCUAAAACGGCGCCGCUGUGUCAAUCGAGAGCUCGUGGCGAGCGCUCUUACCGGGGUACAUCUUGAAGUAGGUGUCAACAAAUCUCUGGUGGUCGCCGUGGAUGCUCCGGGCCAUGCCGGGCCACGGAUGAGCCAGGCACAGCGCUCCCGAGGCGUCGUCGGACGUCACCGCUUCGCCCUGGAACCGCACAAGACCCGAGCGAACUUUUGCAAGAAUGACUUCAUUUGUACACAAAUCUCUGGAUGUCUCUUUUGAAAUGUGAAAUCCAAGUAAGUAAAUCUUUGUGUUAUAUGCCGAUUUCUCAAAAUGGGUCUGUUCUGCACUUCCGCUAAUUCACGAGUACCUCCACGCUGCCCGUCACAUGAUCAGCUUGGCUGGGUGAAGAUUCACAGCCACUUUGUUUGUAAUAGGAAAAGUAGCAUUUGAUCGUAUUUUACUAUAUAGAAACAUAUGAUGAUGAAAAAAAAUAGAACGAAACAGUUUUUGCCACAUUUUUUGCUUCAAUUUGAGAUUGUGCUGCUCCUGGUCUGCGUGCCUUGACCACAAGGGGGCAGUAAAAUACAGACAUGGAAGUACACGAAGGUGCUCAAUCUCAGCUGUCAUCCCGAAGACAGCAUUUUAUGUUGGAUUUCAUGUAACUAACGAUUAUUUCAAAUCAUCCAUUAAUUUGACAAUUAUUUUCUUGA